GCGUUGAACAACACUGUUUUUAGAUGUUGCAGCUGCAACAAUUGAUAAACAAUUACAAAGAUUUUAUUUUAACUGGGAUAAACAAUAAACAAAACACCUAAUCCAUGAGUAUCAACUGGAUAAAAAUAACAGAGAGGGCUCGGGAAGGCAUUAAAAUAAUCAAUGCAUUGCCCUAUGAUACAUUCACAACAGUCCUUUGGUACACUCACCGCCAGAUGAGUCCCAAUGCAAUUGCCGGUGGAGGUGCUGCUGCCGGCGGUGGAGUUGGAGCAGGCGGCUCUUCUGCCGGACACUCUGCUGGCGGUUUCAACGGCUCCGGCACAGUGGGCACCAGUGUCACCACCACGGAACAGGCCAGCGAUGACAGCGAUAGCCAUUGGAGUAGUAGUGCCACGAAUGAACCGGAGUACACUUUGGAAGAGUUAGAGCGCUUGGUCGGUGUGCCGCGCAAUGACUUUCUGUUGCUAAUCAAAACAUUCUCCUACAUUUUGCGACGCAUCUCCACGUUUAUCAUCAAGCCAAGUUUACUACAGCGUGAAUUGCGUGAGAAGCUGCAAUUGCAGGACGAGGCGAAAAUCGAUGCCAUUUUGCGCCUCUGGGUACGCCAGACAACACCACUAAUGAAUAAUUUGGCAAGUAAACGGUAUGAAUCAAAUGUCAUCGAGGAUGUUGCCUGGAAGCUAAAUGUGGAGAUCUCAUCACAUUGCCAGCAGCGUGAGAAAACAGCCCUGGCCGUGCUCCAGAUGAGGACCGGCGCAAGUGAAGACAUCAGCAUUGAGAUGACUCAACCGGAACUGUUGCACCUGUACAAUCAAUUCGAGCAAAUGCAAGCCGAGUUAGAUGCAACGCUGGCAAUGAAGAGUGGUCCAACCUCAACCGAAGCAUCCAUGCCCAGUCAAUAGAGCAAAAGACAUAUCUAUGUAUAUACAUCAAAAUGAUUUCUUAUGUUAAUUCUAUAGAUUAUCUAUUAAUUUGACAAUCUUUGCUUGAUAUAUGUAUUCAAUUUGUACUAAAAUUAAGCAACCUAACUUAUGGGCUUUAAGUGAUUGUUCAAUAAGUGUAUACAUAUGUUUUAUAUUUUUAUGCAUACCUUUAUUAUAGUUGUAUUUUACGUUAUGUAUUGUCUAAUUGUUAUUUACAACAAAAUAUUAAUCAAGGAUCUUUUUGGCCGAAAAAACAUUUCACUUGACCUUGAAAUAAACGAGUUAUAGCUAAA